GUUAACUCUGUUGAGGGAGAAAAUGUCAUCCAAAUUGAUAAAUUAUUUAUCUUUGUUCCUAAUUAUUUUAUCUGUGUCAAUAACACCAAGUAUAGCAAUCAAAAAGUCAUAUAUAGUAUACUUGGGUGAACACUCUCAUGGUCCAGGACUAACAUCAACUGAUCUUCAAAGUGUUGUUGAUUCUCAUCAUGAUUUUCUAAGUUCGUUUUUAGGAAGUAAAGAGAAGGCUAAAGAUGCCAUUUUCUACUCAUAUAAGAGACAUAUAAAUGGUUUUGCUGCUGUUCUUGAAGAUGAUCAAGUGGGGGAGAUUCAAAGGCAUCCAAAUGUGAUCUCUGUGUUCUUGAAUAAAGCUAGAAAACUACACACAACUCAUUCAUGGGAUUUCAUGAGGUUGGAGAAGAAUGGUAUUGUUCAUCGGAGUUCACUAUGGAAGAAGGCUGAGUUCGGCCAGGAUAUAAUCAUCGCGAAUCUUGAUACAGGUGCAUGGCCUGAAUCGAAGAGCUUUAGUGAUAAAGGGUUCGGACCUGUUCCUUCGAGAUGGAAAGGGAUAUGUCAGAAAGAACACAUCGACACUGGUUUCGUUUGCAAUAAGAAGCUUAUCGGAGCGAGGUACUUUAAUAAAGGCUACAUUGUGAAGGGAGGGAAAAUAACUGCUUCGAUGAACACACCGCGUGAUUAUAAUGGUCAUGGGUCUCACACUUUGUCAACUGCUGCUGGAAACAUAGUCCACGGAGCGAGUGUGCUUGGAUUGGUGAACGGGACAGCAAAGGGAGGUUCUCCGAGAGCAAGGGUGGCCGCGUACAAAGUUUGCUGGCCACCUGUGCAUGGUUCGGGAUGUAUGGAUGCUGACAUCCUAAAAGCCUUUGAUGCUGCUAUACACGAUGGGGUUGAUGUUAUAACCGUGUCCCUCGGUGGGAAACCUUCUGACUACUUUGACGAUGGACUUGCCAUUGGCUCGUUCCAUGCUGUCAAGAACGGUAUAGUUGUAGUUACAUCUGCUGGUAACCGUGGACCUGAGCCCGGAACUGUCACAAACGUUGCUCCCUGGAUUAUAACCGUAGCAGCAAGCACCCUGGACCGCAGUUUCCACGCUAGCGCUGAAAUGCAGAAUGGAUUGGUCUUAAAAGGAGCAAGUCUUUCAAAACCAACGUUGCCCGAAGAGAAGUUCCAUCCACUGAUCAGUGCUGCACAGGCUAAAACAGCCAAUGCAUCAGUUGAUGAUGCAUUAAGGUGUAAGAAAGGUACGUUGGAUCCAAAAAAGGCGAGCGGCAAGAUAUUAGCCUGCCUAAGAGGAGAGAACACCUUUAUCGAUAAGGGGCAUCAGGCCGCUCUAGCUGGUGCUGUCGGAAUGAUCCUUUGUAACAAUGAGACUACUGGCAACGAAAUUUUCGCUGUCCCUCAAGUCCUUCCAGCGAUAAAUAUAAAUUAUACAGAUGGCGUUCGAGUCUUUGACUACAUCGCUGCUUCUAAAGAUCCACGUGCAUAUAUCACCGGUCCUGAGACAACGUUGAACAUAAAGCCAGCUCCAUUUAUGGGCGUUUUCUCUUCUGUUGGUCCUAAUACGAUAACUCCUCAGAUUCUCAAGCCGGAUAUUACUGCACCAGGAGUGGAUAUCAUAGCUGCAUACAGCGAAGCGGUGAAUCCUACAGGGGAAGACUAUGAUAAGCGCAAGUCUCCCUUCAACGUGCUUUCUGGUACCUCAAUGGCUUGUCCCCAUGUUGCUGGUGUAGUAGGCCUUCUCAAGAGCCUUCAUCCCGAUUGGAGUCCGGCUGCUAUUCGAUCUGCUAUUAUGACUACAGGCAGAACAAGAGACAACACAUUCCAUCCAAUGCGUGAUGCAACGGAGACAGACAAAGCGACACCAUUUAACUACGGCGCAGGACACCUACGCCCGAACCAAGCCAUGAACCCCGGCUUGGUCUAUGACCUGACAUUGAAUGAUUACUACGAUUUCCUUUGCACGCUCGGCUACAACCAAAAGAACAUGACACUAUUCUCCGGAACAAAAUCACCUCAUCGUUGUCCCAAACACCAGCAAAGCCUAAACCAUCUCCUGAAUUUCAACAACCCUGCCAUAACAAUUCCAAACAUAUCUCCCUCAUCUCCGAUCACCAUCACUCGUAGGCUCAAGAACGUUGGCUCCCCGGGUAGAUACACUGCACGUAUACGCCUACCAACGCGAGUAUUCUCAGCUUAUGUCAACCCCACAGUCUUGGAAUUUGAUCAUGUUGGACAAGAGAAGACCUUUAACCUGACAAUUGAAGUUAAGGAUGCCAAUGAAUUACAAGAUACGUAUAUUUUCGGGGAACUGCGGUGGACUGAUCAGGUACACUACGUGAGAAGUCCGAUCGCGAUAGCUUCUAUGAGUGAUAUUAGCUACAAGACUUAGCUAAGAUUUGAAUAUUUUGCCUUCUUUUCAUUGAUUCGUUGAUAGGUUUAGUACAUUAGUGUUCUAAUUAGCUGCAUUUUGAUUGAUAGUUCACAUAGUUAUUAUGUACAUUAUUGUUAAGAAAGUAUUUGA